GUAGUACUCGUGAAAAUAGUCUAAAAAUUAGGGAGCCACAAAUUUCUGACCACCAAAUAUGUUAAUAUUAAAAUUAAAAUUAAAAAACAGUUUAUUUUCAUUUGCCUUCAAAAACCCCAAAACCCCAAAACCCUGGUCAUCAUAAGAGUUUCAAAAUUGAAACACAAAAAAAAACCUGCAGCAUUCCGAGAGAAAGGGAACACAAAAGGAAAAAAUGAGCGGUUCUUUGCGUAGAAACGUGAGUAUCAUUCGCUUGUUAAAGAAUCAGCCAUUCACUAACUUCACUAAUCCGAUCAACAGAUUUCAUCCGUUUCUUAGGAACCAAACGCACAUCCCAACCAGAGAGUUUCUUAGGUUUCCAAAUGUUGUACGAAAAGUGAGAGAAUAUGAGAUCUCCCCUACCCUUUUUACUUUUUCUUCUUCGUCUUCAACCGCAUCGUUUGGGAAGGUUGGGUUUGUUGGAUGGUAUUUAGGAAUGGUGAAGUCAUGGCCUAUUUUAACAAAAAGUGUUACUUCCUCGUUUAUUUAUAUAGCGGCUGAUGUGUCUUCUCAGACAAUUUCGAAUUCAUCGUCAGAACCUUAUGAUUUGGUGAGGACAUUACGUAUGGCUGGAUAUGGGAUGUUAAUAUUAGGACCAUCACUGCAUUUUUGGUUCAACCUGAUGUCAAAACUCUUCCCAAAGCGGGAUUUGAUGACUAUUCUUAAGAAAAUGGCCAUGGGGCAAUUACUUUAUGGGCCUGUCAUGACCAUUGUUUUCUUCUCGAUGAAUGCACAUCUACAAGGUGAAAGCAGUGAAGAAAUUGUUGCCAGAUUAAAGCGUGACUUGCUCCCUACAAUGUUAAAUGGUGUCAUGUACUGGCCCUUUUGUGAUUUUAUCACCUUCAGAUUCAUCCCAGUUCAUUUGCAGUCGCUGGUGAGCAAUUCAUUUUCAUAUUUAUGGACUGUCUAUAUGACGUACAUGGCAAGUCUAGGGAAAGCAGCUGCUAUUACCAGCUGAUCGAUCUUGGAAUCAGGUCCUGAUAUAACAGUGCAAGCAUGCUUAAAGAAAUACUCACAGGGAUGAAUCAAGUGGGUCUCAUGUUUUAGUUGUGAAUUUCACCCCCGGUUUUCUUCUUCCACCUUAGUUAUUGUGAUUUUAAAAUGAUGCAAAAAAGUAGUGAUAGAAAGGUUAUCGGAGCAUUUUGUUAAGACAUCAUUUGAUGUUCUAAACUCUCAGAGUAUUAUUCUAUGAACUUCUUUAUUUUUGGGGGGUCUAGCCCUACUGAGUACUGGCAAAAUUGGUUCUAAUUCCAGUUAGCUUAGAGCAGACACAGGUCCAAGAAUGCCUUCCAGGUAUCAUCAUUACAUUUCUCAAUCUAGCAGGAGAUGAAGUAUCAUCUUCAAUUUUAAUUGUAUGGAUCUAUCACAGUAAUCAAAAUACUCUUAUUGGUGUUUGCAUCUUA